AUGCCUCCAAUAAAUACUCCAAAUUCUGUUACUGGAGACGUGAGUGAUAAUGAUAUGUCUGGAAAUGAUUCGGACCAUUCAAAUACAAGUCAUGAAAACGACGCAAUUCACGAAUCAACAGAAGAUGAACCUGACUCUGAUGAUAGUUCUGAAAUGGAUGAAACGGAAUGUGAAACAAGACGAAAUACACUGUUACAACAUGUUCAGGAUUUAGAAAACCAAUUCAAUCAUCUCAGAGAGCAGUUGUAUAGAGAACGGUUAACACAAGUUGAGUGCCAAUUAUCUGAAGUUAAAUCUGGCAAAUCCCACGAUUAUUUAAUCUCGUUACAGGAACUUCAGGAAAAUAUGAGAAUACGAACCGAAGUGGCAGGAAUUGUGAAACAAUUAAAGCUUCAAAACAUUGAUAAUCAAUAUGAAGCUGAAGAACAAGCGGCACUUCAAAAUUUUGAGAGCGAAAAAACUUUGGCCUGUGAUUAUUAUUACAGUGAAUUAAUGGAGACAAUAAGACGAUUAGAAGAAGAUAGACACAAUAGUGAAAUAAGUUGGGGUGAAGGAGGAGAGUGGGGUUCUAGGUCACGAUCAAGAUCUAGAAGAAAAGCUGUUACUGUUUCUGGACCUUAUAUUGUAUAUAUGCUAAAACCUCAAGAUAUUUUAGAAGACUGGACUAUUAUAAGAAAAGCCCUCAAGAGAACCUCCUGACAUUUGGAUUUCAAAUUGUCUAAUUUUUUCAAGACAAAUAACUUAAAUUUGGAUUAAUUGGUCUUCAUAAUGCAUAAUUAUAUUAGUUUUUGGUUUCGUACAGUACCUAAACUAAGUAAUGAAGAUUAUUUUUAUUGUGAGAGAAUAUGUUCAUGAUGAUAACUUCUCGUAAAUCUAUAAAAAUUCAAUUAAAAUUUUUAUCAAGCAAAUAAUGCUAUUGUAUAAAUAAUUCUUUAUGAUAAUUAUUGUAUAAAAUGUGAUUUUACGACUUUAUUGUAUAAAUGCUAUUUUAUGAUUUCAAUUAAAUCACUUUUGUGUUAA